CACUGCGAUUCAAACUAAAAAAAGACAGAAAGACAGCAAGAGCUGAGUUCCUUAACAGUGCUUCAACUUUAAACAGCAGUUCCAACAAACGCCAUUUUGAAUUACACUGACCACAAAUAUAGAAGAAAAACAUCAACACAAUGGCACAAAUUGCUGUAUUUUUCCUGUUUUUGGCUGUUAUCCAAGCUAGUGUGGCACUGAAAUGCAAAGUGUGCGACGACACCGACGGCUCCUGCUCCAAAUUAAGGGAUGAAACAUGUCCUGCAGGAGCCUCCGAUCGAGAAGCCGCCUGCUUGAUCCACAUCUACAAAGAUGCCACCACCAAAAAAGAAAUGACUGAGAAAAAAUGUGUCAAUCGGUUUAAAAAUACUGGGAAAUACGACUGCAUAGAAAACCCAAACAACCAACAGAUUAAAUGUUACACAUGUGUUGAAGAUUUCUGUAAUGAGAAAAAUUCAGCUACGAAAUUGGGACUUUUUGGGAUUGUCAGUCUUGUAUUAUCGAUUCUUGUAUCCAAAAUUUUGUAAUUACAAUAUUUGUAAAAAGUAUUUUGUAUUAUAUGUAUGUAGAAUCACUAAUAAAUUAUUUAUCUUUGA